CCGGCCCAGAGUCCCAGACGCCCAGCCACUCCUCGCCGUCGCCAACAUGGAGCACAGCCUCGCCGGCGGUGCCGUUUCCCUUACCUGCUUCUGCUCCUCUCCGUCCUCCUCAUCCGCCGCCGCUGCCGCUCGGCCCACAAUGGCCCCUCCUUGCCCGAGCCGGCGAGUGCGCGCCUCUGCCUCACCUCCGCCGGCCGCGCUGGCCAUCGAGGGCAGCGGCGUCGGGCUCUCGGUGACGACGCGUCGGGGGCGGGUGCUUCCGGUGCUCAAGGGCUGCUCCCUGCGCGUCCCGCAGGGGCAGCUCUGGAUGCUCCUCGGCCCCAACGGCUGCGGCAAGUCCACCCUGCUCAAGGUUUUAGCAGGUUUUCUGAAUCCAUCGGCCGGUACAGUGAAUACAAAUAGGCCAUGCAGCUAUGUCUUCCAAAAUCCUGAUCACCAGGUUGUGAUGCCUACUGUGGAAUCUGAUGUUGCAUUUGGUCUUGGUAAGCUCAACCUUUCAUUAGAUGAGGUCAGAUCAAGGGUAUCAAAAUCUUUGGAUGCCGUUGGAAUGUUGAGCUACUCUCAAAGGCCAAUCCAAACUCUGAGUGGUGGGCAGAAACAGAGAGUUGCAAUUGCUGGUGCUUUAGCUGAAGCAUCCAAAGUAUUACUACUGGACGAGCUGACCACAUUCCUAGAUGAACAUGACCAGAUGAGCGUGAUAAAGGCAGUAAGGGACUCUGUAGCUGCUGAUGGGGAGGUUGCCGCAUUAUGGGUGACUCAUCGGCUGGAAGAACUAAAAUAUGCAGAUGGUGCUAUUUAUAUGGAAGAUGGCCAGAUAAUCAUUCAAGGCGACGUCUCUACCAUAUCAAGAUUUAUAAAGAGAAAUCAGGCACGCUACUUUGGUCAUUUUGAGCUUUAAUCUCUUGUAUAAAGCGACUAACUGGAAAGCAAUUUAUUUUGUAGCACAGUUCAAUAACAAUAUAAAGAAAAUCACAUCUUUUGUUGUCAACUGUAGUUUUGUUGAAACAUCAAUUGAGGCAUUUGUACGAGUUUCAGAUCAUGCUCCUAAUGUUGAAUGUCUGCCCGUGGCUUGCUUCACAAGCAGGCAUUUCUA